UGUGACCAUCUGGUUGCCAAGGUAACCACCGAUAGCUGAAUAGUUGUAAACAUGGCCCUGCCAAGGGUUUGGGAGGACAGGGAAAUUCGAUUUGACCUGCCUGGCAUUGAAUUGCAGCCUCGUUCCGGGGAGAAACUUUUGAUGAGAUGUGACGGAGUGGAGGACACAAAAGGCAACGCCGGUGACAGCGGCACUCUUUCCAUCAGUAACUUGAGGGUGGUCUGGAAUUCGCACGUCUCCUCCAGGAUAAGUCUUUCCAUCGGUUACAACUGCAUAAUGCAUGUGUCGACUAAAAUCAUCAACUCGAAACUGAUGGGCGUCGCAAAAGCGCUUUACAUUUUGACCAGAACACCUUCGGCCCGGUACGAAUUCAUUUUCACAAACUUGGACGCUUCCGAUAUUCUGCGCCACUACAAUGCUGUCUUGGCCGUUUAUAAAGCGUACAGCAGCUCAAGAUUGUUCCGAGAAUUGAGAUUGCGAGGCGCAAUCUUCCAUGCUCCGGGCCAGCUUCGGACCUUGAAAAACGAGCGAAUUUUGAAUACCCUGAGAGGCAUUUGGAAUCUGGCCAGCGACCAGGGGAGCUUGGGUACGAUGCUGAUUUCCAACAUCCGAGUCGUUUGGUUCGCAGAAAUGAACGAGCAUUUCAACAUUUCCUUGCCUUUUCUUCAAAUAAAACAGGUUCGAAUUCGAAACUCAAAAUUCGGUGAUGCUUUGGUUUUGGCGACUCAAGAUGGGCCUGGCGGCGGAGGGUACGUUUUGGGCUUCAGGGUAGACCCUGCCGAGAAGUUGCAGGCGGUUUGCCAAGAACUGACUGCUCUGCACAAGGCGUUCACCAAGGAGCCUGAUUUUGGCGUUUACGUCGACUUUGCUUCACCCGAAGUGACUCGAGGCGAAGAAGCGGCGCAGCAAAUUCGGGAGGAGGCGGCGGUGGAAAAGGAAGUGCAGGAGAUCGAUGACCGUCCGAACGAAAUGUCGGACGCUCUGGUCAAUUAUUAUGCGGCCGGUUCUGAAUCGACCACCCCAGAGGUGCCCGGGGCCAAAAAUCCAGUCAGUUUUUGCUCCGAGUUUGGUUUGGCCAUUGAAACUCCAAAGGAAGGGUUUUCAGUAAAAUCACUUUGGGAAGUUUUGACGAAUGAUUCAUGAAUAUGUAUUAUUUUGUAAUUCUUUUUUUAAUUAAUACAAAAAUUUA